CCCCAAAUGAACUACAGCAUCAAAAUCAUUCUUCCAUUUCAUCCAUCAAAAAAAAGCAAAACACAGGAAAGACAUACAAAAAAAAAUAAACAGAUAAAUCAACUAUCGUAAAUAAUUAACAAGAGGCUUGGCUUGGUUGUAAAUAUAGGAAUGGUAAUUUUCCCUUUGAUCGAUCAAAUCCCCCACAUAAAAUAAUUCUGUGAUUCUCUCUUCCUCCUCUUCUUCUCACCGGGAGGGCAGGAGAUGGAAAAGAAGCACAGAGGAGGAAGACGACGACCGCCGCCGCCGCCCUCCGCCAUGGCGACCACCGCCGCCCCCCUCUUCCUUUCUAUUCUUCUCGUCUUUGUUUCUGACCCGACCCGAUGCGUUCGUGCCCAAGACUCCUCCGCCGUUCUCCCCGCUCGGGCUUUUCAGCCCUUCGUCCCCCACGACAACUACCUCCUCGACUGCGGCUCCACCUCCCCCACCACCCUCCCCGGCGGCCGGAUCUUCCAGCCCGACCAGAACACCAACAAGUACUUGGCCUACGGCGGGGACGAGAUUCAAGUUUCUGGCGACGGCGGCGGCAAUGUCCCCGCCAUCUACCUCACCGCCAACGUGUUUGUGAGCGAUGCCACGUACACGUUCCACGUCACCUCCCCGGGCUUGCACUGGGUCCGCCUCCACUUCUACCCGCUGAGCGCCCCCGGCCACGACUUGAAGGCCGCCAGGUUCUCGGUCGUGACCGAGACUUCCGUCCUCCUUCGGGAAUUCGAGGCGGUCAACACCACCGCCCCGUGCAUGAAGGAGUUCUUGGUCAACGUCACGACCGAGCGGUUCCCGUUGACUUUCAAGCCUGCAGGGAAAAUGGCCUUCGUCAAUGCCAUUGAAUUCGUAUCCGCCCCGGAAGCCUUGAUCAGCGAUACCGCUUCACUCCUUUUUCCCGUCUCCGAACAAUUCGGGCUAUCAGGCAAUGCUUUUGAGACCGUAUACCGCCUCAACGUGGGCGGGCCGAUUAUUGGACCAGAGAACGACACGCUGGGAAGAAGUUGGAAACCGGACACGGAGUACCUUACCCCUAAGGAGAUGGGGAAAAAUGUGUCCGUCACGCCGGGGGUCAUCUCUUACCCUAAAGGCGGGGGCUCCCCCGUCAUUGCUCCGCCGCUGGUGUAUUCAUCUGCGGUGGAAAUGGCGGAUUCGGAAGUGAUGCAAUCCAUCUUCAACGUGUCCUGGCAGUUGGAAAUCGACAACGACUACACCUACCUAGUCCGUCUCCAUUUCUGCGACAUUGUGAGCAAGACGCUGAACGAACUCUACUUUAACGUCUACAUCAACGACAAAAUGGCAAUCUCCGGCCUCGACUUGUCGACGCUCAACGGGAAAUUAGCAACCGCUUUCUACAAGGAUCUGGUGGUGAACUCAUCAAUGGUCACAAAUCCCCUGAAAGUGAAGAUCAGCCCCGUGAAUGACGCGCAGGGAAUGAUGAACGCCUUGCUCAACGGGCUGGAGGUGUACAAGAUGAACAACUCCGUCGGGAGCUUGGACGGGGAAUUCGGGGUCGACGGGAAGGCGGCAGACGGUCACUCCGCGGGCGGGAAGACGGCCGCGGCCGUCGGGUUCGCAAUGAUGUUCGGGGCGUUUGUCGGGUUGGGGGCAAUGGCGGCAAAGUGGCAAAAGAGGCCACAGAAUUGGCAGAGGAGACAGAGUUUCUCGUCUUGGUUGCUCCCCAUCCACGCCGGAGAUUCAACCUUCAUGAGCAGCAAGAGCAAGAGCCACCAGUUCUAUUCGUCGACCACCGGAUUGGGACGGUUCUUCUCCUUUGCAGAGUUACAGGAGGCGACCAAGAACUGGGACCCGAAGGAGAUUGUCGGCGUAGGUGGGUUUGGAAAUGUCUAUCUUGGGACCAUAGACGAUGGGACUAAGGUGGCCAUCAAGAGAGGAAACCCACAGUCCGAACAAGGGAUCAACGAAUUCCAGACAGAAAUCCAAAUCCUGUCUAAGCUCAGGCACCGCCACCUUGUCUCCCUGAUCGGCUACUGCGAUGAGAACGAGGAGAUGAUCCUGGUUUAUGAAUACAUGGCAAACGGGCCUUUGAGAGACCAUCUCUACGGGAAGGGCAUGCCUACCCUGCCAUGGAAACAGAGGCUGGAGAUAUGCAUCGGCUCUGCCCGGGGGCUGCAUUACCUCCACACCGGUGCUGCCCAGGGGAUCAUCCACCGCGACGUGAAGAGCACAAACAUACUGCUGGACGAGAACUUUGUGGCAAAGAUGGCCGAUUUCGGGCUGUCGAAAGACGGGCCCGCAACCGGGCAGACCCACGUCAGCACCGCCGUGAAGGGCAGUUUCGGGUACCUGGACCCGGAGUACUUCAGGAAGCAACAACUUACCGAUAAGUCGGACGUGUACUCGUUCGGGGUGGUGCUGCUGGAGGUUCUGUGCGCCAGGCCGGCCAUCAACCCGCAGCUGCCGAGGGAGCAGGUGAACUUGGCAGAGUGGGCCAUGCAGAAGAAGAGAAAGGGGUUGCUGGACACGAUCAUCGACCCGGCGCUGGUGGGGAACAUUGACCCGGAAUCCAUGAAGAAGUUCGCAGAAGCCGCGGAGAAGUGCCUGUCAGAGUAUGGGGAUGAUAGGCCUUCCAUGGGGGAUGUGUUGUGGAACCUGGAGUAUGCUUUGCAGUUGCAGGAGAAUUCUUCACAGGGAACGGUUGCCGCCGCAGAGGAUGACAAUGCCAGUGCCACCACGGCACCACCGGCAUCAGCCACACCACCGCCUCCGGCUGUUAAUGCUCCGGCAGUUCCUUCUUCUUCUUCACCUGAAGCUCAAGAGGUUGAUGAACACUCUGGAACUGCUAUGUUUGUUCAAUUCACUUCCCUCAAUGGGAGGUAAAAUCCCAAGUGUUGUUGAUCAUGAAAAGGAAAAAAAAUAUAUAUAUAUUUCUUGCUAGUUCUGCUGUAAAUGAUUUACUGUUAGUCCUGAUGGUGCAAAACCAAUUGAAUGGUUGCCCAUAAUAUUCUAUAUUUGUUCGAUUCACAUCAUUGCAAAGCCAUAAUAAUAAUAACCAAACACUACUAAUUACCCUUGAAUUAAUUACUAAUACUUCU